AUGCAGAAGAGCCAAAUCCCUGGGAUGAGGAAUCAUAAUCCUCAUACUACUAAGAGUGAGGGUCAAUGGGCUGUGGUGAACAAUCAGGAGAUGCUCCAACAUAAUUUCUCCUUAAAGAAAGUAUUUGGUUCUCCAAAUCAGUCUCGCUCUUGGAGGUGCCAUGCUGUUGCUACAAGCAGGCCACAGGGCCAUGUUAACAUUUAG